UGAGGUCACAUGACUCACGCCUGCCUGUAACAACGUGGAGAUUGUAGCAUUCGUUUGCCUGUUGGAAACAGCUGUUUAUUUUUUGCAAAAUGGUUCCAGCAGCAGCAACAGCCUAUUACAGGUUUACCUUGCUAAUUUUCAACUGCCUGCUGACUUUUGGCUCCUACUUCUGCUUUGACAUGCCCAGUGCGCUUCAGCAGCAGUUCCAGGGGAAUCUCUCUUGCCUCAAUUCCACUGAGAGCAACGAGACGACAGAUUGUGUCGAGGGUCUUGGGAUGACCCCACAGCAGUACAAUCUUCUGUAUGCUAUCUACGCGUGGACCAAUGCUGUGGUGGUGAUACUGUCUGGUUUCCUCAUUGACAAGCUGGGAAGUCGUGUUGGGAUCAACUUGUUCUCCUUCCUUGUUGUUCUGGGCUCGGCUACUUUUGCUUUAGGAUCUCACUUCAAGGGCACAAGUUAUCUUCUGCCUCUGAUGCUCAUUGGCCGACUUCUCUUUGGGUCCAGCAAUGGAUCGCUCAUCAUUGCUCAGGACCGUAUUAUUGCCUUCUGGUUUAAAGGUAGGGAGCUUUCACUGGCUUUCGGCCUACAGUUGACUUUUUCUCGUCUGGGCAGUGUCCUCAACUUCUUCCUUACUCCCUUCUUUGAGAGAAACUUUGGGAUUCAAUGGACGCUUUGGGGAGGUAUGUUGCUGUGCGUUCUUAGUUUUUUCUCUGCCAUCGUUGUUGGUGUCCUGGAUAAAGUUGGCACAAAACAGCUUGGACUAGAUGUGCUCCUUCAAGAGGAAUCUAAAAAAGUGCGUUUCCAAGAUAUUCGUCACUUGUCUCUUCGCUACUGGCUCCUUGUGGUCACCAUCAUGUUCUUGUACAAUGGGAUCUUCCCUUUCGUUGCUGAUGCCAGCAAGUUUAUUCAGGAUAAAUAUUCUGGGUACAGUCAGCAAGAAGCCUCCUAUAUUGCUGGUGCUAUCUACGACUCUUCACUGCUGCUAUUUUCGAUAGCUGGGAUCCUUGUUGAUUAUGUUGGUCUGAGGGCAAUAAUUGUCCUCAUCUCUGCAGUGCUGACACUCCCAGUUUUUGCACUCCUUGCUUUCAGCUUUGUCCCCCCUCUCGUUUCCACGAUAUGGUUGGGAAUUACCUACUCAUUUGCUGCUGCAAGUUUAUGGCCAUCAGUUUUCCUGGUAGUUCCUCAUGCAAAUAUAGGAACAGCUUUGGGGCUUGCAACAUCAGUGCAAAUGAUCGGUAUUGGUCUUUGUAAUUUAGUAGUUGGACAGCUCCUUGGAAACCAGUCCAGGAACCUGAAGAUUCCACUGUGGCGCUGGCAGCAAGUAAUGAUCUUUUUACUGGCAAAUAUCAUCAGCUGUGUCAUUGCUUCUAUCUUCCUCAACAUAGUGGACAAAUGCGAGGGUGGUGCACUGAAUAUGACCACUAAGCGUUCAGAAUCAGCACAACAGGAAACUCAAGAACCAUCAGAAACCUCCCCUUUGCUGAGAGAGCGCAGUGGUGAGAACAGAAUUAACUGAGGAACGGUAACUUACCCCUCAUUAGAAAUUGAAAGUGAACUAUUCUCCAGCAGAAUAGCCAGUGAAUUUUUUAAUAUAAACAUUCACCUGUGAUCAACUGUCAUGCCCCAGAGAAUUUAUUCAACCUAGUAAUGCCUGGUGUUCCAGUGAAAACCUUUUUUGGUUUGUGUUCUCAUAUUUCCUCUUGUCUUCAGUGAUUAGACAGCUAACUAUGUGAAGUACCAGGAGGUGAAGGGGAUAGAAGUCUGUCAGAGAAGCACUGGUUUUCUGCUAAACUGAUCAAACUAAGAGUGGGCUUUUUUUUCCCCCCCUAAGAUUGUGAAAGAAAAAAAAACUGUCAAGUGAAGCAGCUGUCCUUGCAUGAGUGUUUGUAACUGAUUACUCAAGUAUUUGAUCUAUUAAAAUCAGAUUUUAAAAAGGGACCUCAAGAGAAUAGUUUGUGCAAUUUACUGGAAUAGAAUUCUUUGUUCUUGUUUUAUAGUUUCCAUAGGCACCUGGCCUAUUUCAUGUUUGUACUGUUGGCAAAGUUUUAAUGAAAUACUAAGAAACAUGUGACUGUUUACUUGUACCUGAUGAGAAGUUCCAGUUUGAGGGUUCAGACACUGAUACAGUACAGCUUUAUUACUUGCACAUUAAAAUUAUCAGCCUGAAGUUCUUUUGUUGUUAGCUGGUAAUUGAUUUCUUUCUCUUCCCUUAGCAAAAGCCACCAAAAUAAUUUUUAAAAGUCAAAAUUUGCUCCUUCAUAGCACGUUAAUGUAAUCUCAUUUCUAGCUGAUUCUAGGAGUUUGUUCAUAUCUAAUCAUAGUCACCCACUCACCUCCAUUCCAUUUGAACAUUUAAAAAAACCCUUGCAAUUUAUAACCACUAACUGUAAAUCAGCAUUUGUUGCAGUGAUAGCUCCUUUUUCAAAAAGUUUAUGAAAAAGUACCUUGUGUAUUUAAGAAUACUCAGCAAUAUGUUUAGCUAACUUAGUGCUGAUUAAUAGAUUAGGAAAUUCACGAUGGCAGAGCAAUUUAAUUUGAGUACAGCCAGUGAGCUUGAGGUUAUCCCCACUUCAUUUGAAUAACUAUAGGAGCUGCGACAAUAGGAUGUACAAUAACUUCCACAAAUUAGUACCAAAACAGUGCUCACUAAGUGGAAAUGUACUAAUUCAUGUGAGGCAGGUACCAAUUCAGAUCUUGGUAGAAAAGAGCAGAAUUUGACUUCGAUCUAAUGAAAGUCUUGCUGUAGUGGACAUCCUGAAUGGAUUCACUCAUCCAUUCAACAUAUACACCUUUUCACCCACUGCUAAUCUAAUCUUACUUAUCCAAACAAACAGUUUAAGAAAAGCUUUCUGGCAGUUCAAGUGUGGGGCAGGGGAGGGUGCAAAAAGUGCACUAUACCAUCCAGUUUGCUCUUCACAGAAACCACUGUUCUCUGAAACACCUUUCCCAAUCUAAAUUGGGAGAAAUAUACAAAAGCAAAAAAAAAUACAUAAUGCUAAAGUCAAAUGGAAGAAAUGCUGAGCCAGUGUCAUUUUGGACUUAAAACAUCAAGCCGCUCCACAACACAAGCCAAACCUACUGUUUUUUCAGCACUGAGUUUAUACCAAAGAUGAAAAAUACAGUGAAAGCACACCUAGAAAACCACUUCAUUUCCUUGAUUCACAAAUAGGAGGUAAAUUUUAUUUUUGGCCACUGCCAUCCAGUUAUCUCCAUCCACACAAGAUGGCUGCAUAAAGGCACAGAAGGCAUUUCCUCAUUGGCAAUAAUUAGUGUCCUAAUUUCCAGUACAUCCCUUGAACUAAUAUAAAAAGCAAAAGGGCAUAAAGUACCUUGAAUGCACGAUAAUUGGUAGAAUGGAUACUGGGUGUAGAGAAACAAAAACUAGUAAGUUCUAAAAAACAUUGCAUUUGAAUGUAGCGACACAGCACUAUCAAUAACUGCAUAUAAGUAGGUGUAGUAACAGGAUGAAAUAGAAUCUUUCAGUACAAUAGCAAAUUGUUGCUAAUGUGUUGACUGACAAUAAGAUAGUAAUGAUGAGUUAUAAAUAGGAAUCAGCAGAAUUAAAACUUGCAAUUAAAUCUUAAAAGUUUGCCUUGGAAAGUAACCAAAACUGGGAGUUAACUCUUCAAAGGAAAACCCUUCAACAUGGCAACCUGUUGGGAAGGUGUCUUUUGAUUUACAGCUAAAAUCAGAAGCCAGUUUAAAAAGAAAAAAAAGGUAGACUUUUGACCAACCAUACAGGAAACCUUUGUCUAAAUGUUUCAGCAAAAUAAAUAUUUCUAAAUUAAAUAAUCUGAGUCCAUGUGUAACAUUCAAUAUUGCAUACUAGCUUGUAGCAGGUCAAAACUAAGACACCUGAGGAUUUGGAAUUGUUCAUAAUGUGCACAUCAUCAUGUCAAGGGAUCUUGACUAUGUCACAGAUUUUACAGCUUUACAUUCUUCAAUUAAGAUGACAAAUUACAUGAUUGAACACAAUUGAUAUAAUGGAAUAACUGAUCAGAAAUGUUUUUAAUUUAUAAGAGGCUAAUUGAGUCAUUUUUCACAUGUGCUCCAAAUACACUGAAGUAUUAUGGAUGGUCUAGUGCAUUCCACAAGAAGAACGCAGAUAUUUCGAGAGAAACCAGGGCUUCCCAGAUGGAACUGCUGCCACAGAACUCCGGCAGUGCUAACAACUCUAUGGGUCCAAGUGUUGGAGCAGUGUGGCCUAAUAGGACAUUACUAGAGACUGAUCGCACUGGGUGUACGCUUCAAAGCUCUGCAGCCUAAAAAGCUUGCACCACUGCACAUAGCUGUCUAGGGUUAAGGCAAUUUUCAAGCAUUCGAGAUGCAGUGGGAAAACACUUGGAGGCAAUGGCUUAAACAACUAAUGUGAGCCAAAACAUGUUCAAAACAGCAGAGGACACAAACAAGUAUACAGAUGAUACUUUAUACCCAAAAAUGAUGUGCCUGUUUUAUUUUACAAUGCAAUUUUUAUCUUAUCAACUGUUUAAUCUCUAGAACAUUUCAGCGUUUUGGGCCAGCAAAUCCUUGCUGAAAUGAACAACUGCAUCAAAAAUAAAGUCCUUGUGCAGAUAAACCUUCAGUGUGUGUGU